UGAAUUUCCCUUUUUUCAUUUUCUUAGUUCAUAAUUAUUGUGCUUUGCUGUUUGAUCAUAAAUAUGUACUUUGGAUAUAGUAUUUCCUUGCAAGAGUUUUUGUGUGUCUUUGUUUUGUUGCUCUCUUCAUCACUGUUCUCUUUAUUUUCUUCAGCUUAAGCAAAAUACAAGAAUGUCAAGCCUCAACAAUUCUGCACCAGAACAACUGUGCUACAUCCCUUGCAACCUUUGCAACAUCAUUCUUGCGAUCUUACCCUUAGAGAGAAGUUGUUAAAUAUGGGAUAUUGAAUUUUGUAGAAGAUAAAAACAAGCUUGUGAUGAUAUAUAUACACAUAGUAUGAAUGAAUGAAUAAAGAUGACAUUUCCAGCAUAUUUUCCACUGAUUACCUCAACCUUUUCCUCAUUAAAAUACUGCAGGUGAAUGUUCCCUGCAGCUGCUUGUUUGAAACUGUGACAGUUCGAUGUGGGCAGUGCACCAAUCUGUGUUCAAUAAACAUGGCAGCUUCCUUUCAAUCCAGAGCUGGAAAAGAGAUCCAGGUGCCUAACUACACAUCAUCGGAGUAUAGAAUUGAGUUAGGGUCUUCUUCUUCCAAAGGCAAGAACAAGUUACCAAAGCGACCAAGAAUUAUGAAUACUACCACUCAAGAAAGGGUUGUGAACCGACCUCCUGACAAGAGGCAUAGGGCACCUUCAUUGUACAAUCAGUUCAUCAAAGAGGAGAUUCAAAGGAUCAAGCUGAACAAUCCUGAUAUCAGUCAUAGGGAGGCAUUUAGCACUGCUGCCAAAAAUUGGGCACGCUUCCCUCACAUUCAUUUUGGACUGAUGUUGGAGACUGCUACUCAACCUAAGCUGAAUGAUGACUCGACUGAGCAUUUCCAGCAGCUCCUUAAGUGAAAAUGGAUAUUCAUGUUCGACCAUCGUGAUAUAUAUAUAUGUAUGUGUGUGUUGUUUGGAGUGAAAGGCUUUCACUAUUAGAAGACUGAAUGAACUUAAAUUUGUUUGUCUAAUUAGGGUUUGAAUAGCUUACUUUUAUUCACCAGUUAUUUUUUUUAUGUAAUGCUUGAAGUUAUUAAGUAUUGACUUUAACAAGGAAAAUGAAAUCAAACUUCCCCUAACACAAAGCAUAAGCUUUGCAGUAAGGGAAGAUUGGACA